AUGAUUCCCGGAUCAGUCCUCUUCAGCAUCUUACUUGGAUUUCUUUUCCCCACUCCUCUGGCCCUCUUUGUGAUAGCUUUUGUAGGCGCUUCUCUUUUAAAUGUGAUCUUGUAGUGCUCGGCUGUAGGCGCUUCCUGUUGCUACAUCUUAGCCGACUUCGUCGGCACUCAAACCGUUGCGAAAUUAUUCCCAGAACAGAUUGUCACUUGUCGGAAGGUGGUAUGUUUGGGAAUAUGCUACUUACUUUUUCUUUAGACUGGUCGGUUCCAGAGCAUGUCAGGGUUGGCGAUUUUCUUCUUUCGCCUAAGCCCUAUUAUUCCCAACUGGCUAGUUAAUAUUUGCUCUCCUGUGCUCGGUAUCCCCCUAAGUGGUUUCUUCUGGGGAACAUUUUUUGGUAAGUCGAUUUUCCUAGACUUUUACAGUUUCAUGCAAUUUCUGUCAUCUUAUAAAAAUUUACUCUUAAGUGCUGCCCCUUAUCAAUUAGAAAAAUUUCUGUUUUUGUCAUUCUUUAGUGGAAAAUUUUUAAGGCUGGGUUGGAUUCUGCUCAUGUAUUUCUGUUCUCAACUCCACAACUUUGUUUACCUCUCGUUUUCGCAAUUUAUCACUGUCGGCCUGUUUUGUGGUCCAGCUUGCCGCCCUUAUUGAAAUCGGGCGUUUCUUCCUUAAACAUUAGAAUGUGAAAUCUCCGACUUCAAAUUUCGGGCAAUUAUUUUCAGCCCCUCUAAGGGCUGUCUUAUUGGGUUUUAUAACUGCACGGUAAACUACGUAUCAAAAGUAGUCACAAAAUCCUUGAAUUCUAUAGCUCGAGUGAACUGGUCGGCGGAAUGUUAAUUGUUUUGAAGAUUUCCGAGUAAUAGUAUGCAGUAGGACUGACAUACAGUAGAUGUGCUAACUCAUGAAAUGUCCACCGAAUUUUCGAAAUGCGUUCUCGUUUCGAAAAGAUAAAUUAAGUAGUGUUGCAAAACUAAUCAUGAUGCAGCAUAAAUCUAUAAUGAUCCAGUUACGUCAAGGUGUCGGCUUUCGAAAGAACUUAUUUUCGGCUGCACGCAAGAUCUAUACUCUGCAAAAAAUGACUACUUAAGUAGUAUGCAAUUUUCCCAUUGAUUUUCGAUGCCCUUGAAAAUUCAAUUAUAUUUCAUGGAAAACAUGCAUAAAAAUAUUCAUUCUUUUACUUAUUCGGUAGAACAUCACGUCUUCUUCAAAGUUCAUACUCAAAAGAAGAGUAUAAUUCGGUUAUAAAAAACUUUUCUAAUUCUCGAAUAAUUUUGAAUCCGACAUGCUGUUACACUUGCAUUCAGGGUUUCAAAACUACAAGCUGUAUAUCUUCCGUGUACAGAAAACCAUGCAUUUCUCUACGGUGUUAAGAGGAGACCAUAUGAGGUUCAUAAAAGUAAGCAGUGGAUUUGAGCCAUAUUGUCAACUUUACAAGCCACAUUCGUAAAUGCAGAUACAUGACGUUUCAUGAACGGCCAUUCAACGGUAUUAAAAAAUCUCACAAUUAGAAACUUUUUUAAAACCGAAUUAUACUCUCCUUUUGAGUAUGUAAUUGGAAGAAGACGUGAUUUUCUACCGAAUAAGUAAGAGAAUGAAUAUUUUUAUGCAUGUUUUCCAUGAAAUAUAAUUGAAUUUUCAAGGGCAUCGAAAAUCAAUGAGAAAAUUGCACACUACUUAAGUAGUCAUUUUUUGCAGAGUAUAGAUCUUGCAUGCAGCCGAAAAUAAGUUCUUUCGAAAGCCGACACCUUGAGGUAACUGGAUCAUUAUAGAAUUAUGCUUUAUCAUUAUUAGUUUUACAAUACUACUUAAUUUACCUUUUCGAAACGAGAACGCAUUUUGAAAUUUCGGUUGAAAUUUCAUGAGUUAGCACAUCUACUGUACAUGGACAUCUAAACAGGACACUAGAAUAGGAACCGCCCGCAACACGGAUGGCUUUGAAAUUAGGGUUGGGCGAUGCACCUACUUCAUGAGGCGCGCUGUCUUUGUGUGUGACGGCCGAACUCUCACAACGCCUAUACUCUAUGCUCUACGUACUUCCGCUUUGGGCAGUUAAAUUAAUUUCUGCCCUGUCUAAACUGUUGUGAACGGCUAUAUAUCACCACAUCCACACAAAUGUCGAUGAUGUGGUCUUCCGAACUUUUUCCUGCCCCAAUGUAUCGACGAAAAAAAAGUUAACUCCGUCUUUGACACAAUAUUCAUUAAGCUGGUAUGCGUUCUCGUAUUUGCACUGCGUAUUUAGACCUAUUUCCUAAGACCGCCAAAUUCUCCGGGCACCUACCUUGUGAAUACUUCGCAAAAAUGUCUUCCAGUCUCCCCUGCAGUUUCAAUAAAUUUAUGCUUGUUGGCCCAUUCAGAAUUGUACCCGAAAUCACGGUUACUACAAUGAUUGAAGACGUUUUUGUCGGUACGAUAAGUACAUCGUGCAACACCGAUUUGGAUAUAGGGUCUCUCAUAAUUACCCACCAAACCGUUGCUGUUGACUGAGCCCCCCGCAUUGUAUCCAAUAUCGAUAGUUUUCUCGAGCGUUAAGUCCUCCGUGACGACCGUCAGGUGUAUUUUAUUCGUGGACAGCAACCAACCGUGGAAGCAUUAUCCUUGAAAACUGAACCCAUCUUAUCUGCUGAGUCUUUCAGUCUACCUCUAGGAAAAUGAUUUCGUGAAAGUGUUGUCUCUGAUAAAUUUGCGCCGUUUUUGACUCAAUGUCGUAUUGCGUCAUCAGGAGCGGCCGUUUUUGUCUGCUUAUUCAGGACGCCCUUGUCUUUCUGUACACGUGUUCCCCCUUUGUUUAGGUUUUUGCACUCAAACAAGGAGCUUUGCGCAUUUGUCUAAAUACAGUCUAAACAAACUGUGACGUAAGAUUCCAUUCAGAACUUUUCAGACAAAAGCCUUAAAAUGCCAAGACAGUUGAAGCUUUUGCCAUUUAUAGUCUGCGUUUAAGCUAAUUGUGUCCUCCUGAACUGGUCCCUGUUGUAAGGCCUUCUUCUUUCUACUUUGCUUUAUAUGAAAUUUGUGAUCCUUUAUAACUACCAUAUCAGCAACUUUUGCCUUCGCAAGAAAUCAAGUGGAGCGGCGUGCACGACAUAAAUGAAAUUGUGGUCAUUUUGAAGCUCCUGGUGAUCUAGAUGUGUAGUGGAGACCUUCGUGUCGACGGCAUAUGGAAUUAGCGUGGUGUUGGGAAGGGUCAAACUCCACGUGGAGGUGGUUGCCUUUUCACCGAAAUUUCUUGUUGGUUUACUGGUCGGGUGUUUGCAAUAAGUUGGAGUUUUGGGGCAUCACAUGUAGGCACUAAAGACAUUCCGGAGGGCUGUCCAGUCUGCCGAAUUUUACGCGAAUGUUGCCUUUUUUAAUUUCACUACUGUAUGACAAUCCGUGUCAUGACGUCUCACGUGUCGUGUAUGAGACUGAUUGGGUCUGAUUUGUUUAGCUUGAUGGUGGAAAACAUGAUGCCACCAUCGCUAGCUGGCAGUCACAGUUUGAACCUUACUUUCCUGAAAAUUUUCUUAAUUGAUUUGAAUUGGAUGCUGGACGGUAGGGUUUUGUUGCAGUCGCCCUUCACUCGAGGAUCUCUAUAUGCCUAAAUACCGAAAGUGCACUUCGGUCCACAAAUAAAGUAAGAGGGCACCUGUUGCAAUAAUUGUGAGGUGGAUCAAAAAAUUCCGCAAACCGUUUUGCAAUGCAUCAAAUGGUCAUCCAAGAAUGUUAUUCAUUGACUUUAGUCAGUCGUAAUAGUUCGAUGGUAGUUUCUGACUGAUCUCCGAGGGAAAUAAUUUUUCUGGUACCAUUGUCAACACAACUUCGUCCUAUCUAAACGUUAUGCUCGACUCUUGUGCUUGCCCGACGACCCUAACUAAGCGUGGUAUUACUGAUUCCCAGUUAACAUAUGGUUCGCCAACCGAACGAUUCAUGCUAGUCUUUACCGUGCUUUUUUGUGACCCCUCUGCGGCAGUCUCAAUCAUGCUUGAGUCAGGAAACCAUAGCUUCUUGCAUUGUUUUUGGAAAUUUGGAUUUCAGAGUGUUGUUUCACUCAGCUGGCUGAGUCCUUAAGGUUAUGAUGCGAAUUGUGACCAUGUUUCCUCCCGGCCCCCUGACCCGAUUGAAUGCAAGUGUCCAACUGUGUCCGAUGCUCUCUAACAAGUGUCAGUGAGGUCCACCUGUCCUUAGCAAGCCCUUAGUCUUCUGAUCAGUAGGCGCCAGCGAUAAAUUCCAAUCGUGUAACAGAAGCCCUCACUGCUAUAUGCAUUUCGGUCCGUCACUAUCGCCUGUAAGUGAACUAGAAGGACAUUAUUGACAUGUAGCGGUAGGUCAUAUGUUUCACGCCGGUCUUUGUCUUCUGCGCCUAAAAUUUUAGCGUAAGCGCUAGCGAAAAAGGUGCCAGUGAUCGGUCCCUUAAUCGAAUGUGGUUAUUCGAACCAUGCCCCUACAACGGGCUACAUAGUUGAUGCACUGGACCAGCGUGACAGGCACACCUAUGCCAAAUGCACGUCUGGCGGUACGUCUAGACCCAGGCUCACGCACGCCACACCAGCCACCUACGCCCGAUCCCGCCUUCGGUCAUCUUGACUCUGUCGUGACACCAGACUAUGGAGAGGAAGUGCGGCAGAUGCUUCUCAAGCCUAAUGUCACUGUAAACUAAUUAACACGCGAGUUACUCCGCGCCCAUCUUGCUGUGGGGCACACGUUGGACAUCGUUAGAGUCGAUGGCGGAACUGCCAUUCGGACCAAAGAUGGGAUCCAAAGCUGUGACUGGUGUUAGCACCUUGACACCUGCAGUUGAUAGAGAAGGCGCCAGGAUAUCCGUAUUGGCUUCGUAGUCUUCACGAGGCUGGUGGUUAUUUAAGAAAGCCUACAUUUCGGCGACCAAAUCACGUCGGUCGUGUAAUAAUUAAUCGUGUGGAUCGUCAUGGACAGUAUGCGUAUUUUAUUGGGACGCAUACGCUUUCGCAAGUUAUAUACGGCUUUCGUCAACGAAGAAUAUUUGUUCUAAUACCUGACGCCUGGCCCACUGGUGGACACCAGCUGAAGUUGUUGCUCCUUUCUCGACUUUCUACAUUCACGUCUACACUUGUGCGCCAUUCAUUUGUUUUACCUUUGUUCGUAACUUCACAAGGACUUUUCUUUGAAUCGUCUAAGGUGUGGUUCCUCUGUCGUUGUUCUUCGUGAAGGCCGGCACAAUUCUGCAAGAGCUUACGGACAUUGGUGUUACCUCCAUCGCCUCCGUCUACACGCUCGCCCUCUUCGCCCUUAUCUCCUUUCUCCCAUUUGCGUUCACCAGGCAAAUUCGCGACAAACUUAAGUCAUAG